AUGGCUACAUCUCACAACGCCUUCGCCGCCGACGCGCCUCACUCAAGCGAAUUCGAGACCCGACGCGCUGCACUGGUCAAUGAUAUCGGAGAGUCUCUGGAACAAGUUCUAACACAUAUCAACGCUCUAAACCGGAGUCUGGAAGGGAUCAUUGAGAUUGGAAACGAGUUUGCCUCUGUCGAGGCUCUCUGGAGCCAGUUUGAGACCGUGAUGGGUAGGGAGGAGGAGGUCGCCCAGAACCCAUCGACUCAGGACGACACUGAGGAAAGUCGGGUCGAACAUGAUCGGGCAUCAAGAGGGUGA